CUCACGAGUUCCCUCCACAUGCUUAUCCGAAGUCCGAAUAAUUUCCCUCCCUCCCUCGUUUUCUGCUUCUCUCCCCAUUUUGUUCGUACUCUCGCUGUGUCCACCUUCCUUCGUCCCAUUCUCCGCUCUCUCCCCCCGCAAAAGCCCUCGGAUCUCUGAAUUGAAGCCUCAGUCCUCGUAAUCCACUACCCUUCGACCGAUCAUAUUUUUACCGCCGCUUUCGCCUUUGAUCCCUGGACAUAAUUAGGGUUUUGGGCUCCGAUUCGGCCUCCGGAGACUGUAUCUCGGGCUUUGCCCCGGGUGCGGCUGUGUCUCUCUGUUUUCCUCCUGUGUGAUCCGAUCUGGAUUUAUGACCGGUGGGGAGGAAGCUGGGAACCGAUCGGAACAGCAGCUGGCGCAGAUCUUCAAGCCGCCGAAGCAGUACUUGCUGAUUUCCUCAUCAAAACCACCUUUUUGUUCUCCUGAUGAGUACCACAGGUUCGACAGCCUGCAAGGGUCCAAUGACGAGAUGGUCGAUGCCCUAGUCUUACAAACUCCUUUGAAGCGAAAGUCUGUGCAAGAAGAUAAUGACAUUAUAAAUGUAAGUGAAUGGACAACCAGCCCACAAUAUUCUGUAGGAGUUACUAGUCCUCUACUCACACCAGUAUCUGAGAAAGGAAGGAAGACAAACAAUAGGUCCAAGGUUGCAAAACACAAUAAGCUUGAAGCUCUAACUCCUGUAUCAAAUAUUGGCUUACCUUCAGGUGAUAAUCUUACUCCAGUUGGUACUUGCCGCUAUGAUAGCUCCUUAGGGCUUUUGACCAAAAAGUUUAUCAACUUGCUGAAACACUCACAAGAUGGCAUCCUCGAUUUAAAUAAAGCUGCGGAAAUAUUGAAGGUACAAAAGAGGAGGAUUUAUGAUAUCACUAACGUUCUUGAAGGCAUUGGGCUUAUAGAAAAGAAAUUUAAAAACAGAAUCUGUUGGAAGGGUGUAGAUGACUUGGAUCCAGUUGAGGUUCAUGGUGAUGUUUCAUUAUUACAGGCUGAAAUUGAGAAACUUACAUUUGAGGAGAGGAAAUUAGAUGAUCUUAUCAGCCAAAUGAGAGAAAAAUUGAGGGAGUUUACUGAGGAAGAAAAUAAUCAAAAGUACGUUUUCUCAUUCAUUCAAACAAUAGAUUACUAUUGGCCAAUUGUCAUGCACAAGCAACUUUUUUUUCCCUCUAGGUGGCUCUUUGUUACUGAAGAUGAUAUCAAAGGCCUUCCAUGCUUUCAGAAUGUAACCUUAAUUGCAAUUAAAGCUCCUCAUGGUACUACCCUAGAAGUUCCUGAUCCUGAUGAGGCUGGAGAAUAUCUCCAUAGGAGAUAUAGGAUUGUCUUAAGAAGCACUAUGGGUCCUGUAGAUGUUUAUCUUGUGAGUCAAUUUGAAGAGAAGUUUGAUGAGUUGAGUGACAUGAAUACACCGCCAAAGCUCCCUCCUGCAUCAAAUUCAAGUUCUGUUGACAACUCUAUUGUCCCUUGUAAUGCUGAAGAGAGCAUUGGGAUUGGAAUGGAUGUUGAUAUUCAACAAAAUGAGAGGAUAUGGUUUGAUUUGAACUCUUCACAGGAUUUUAGUGGUGGCAUGAUGAAGAUUGUUCCUUCAGAGAUUGAUACUGAAGCUGAUUAUUGGCUUUUAUCAGAUGCAGAUGUUAGCAUCACUGAUAUGUGGAAAACUGCACCAGAGGUUCAAUGGGAUAGCAUGCCAAGAUUCAAUGCAUGUGAUUUUAUUACAGAUGGCGCUAGCACUCCUAUACCACGAACUCCAUCAGGAGUUGAGAUCACUGCAGAUGCAAAUUCCUCCCAGAGAUGAGUGCAGGUUGGAUGUAUUGGUGGAAGUGGGAAGCCAUCAAUCUCUUAUUGGCUCAUGCCAGUGAGGAUUAAGGCCUUACCUGAAUGCGGAUUGAAGUAUUAACUUAGUAAUGGUGGGAUGCUUUUAGUAGCAGGCAUUCAAGUUUCUUCAAGCUCCGUCCGGUAUAUGGUAAACUACAGCUCUACUGAACUGUCAUCAUGCAUAGCAAAAUGAGAGGCUGUUACAUGAGUGAGUUGGCAAGUUUCUAAUGUUGUGGCUUAUCUAAUCUUUCAUAACUUGAUUAGAAAAUCAGACAAGUAGCACUUGCUUAGGAUCCUAAUCAGUUGUUUUGCUGCCUUUUAUCUUUUGAUAUAUAAAGAAACGUUGUUAGAACCCCCAGUUGUGUAGCCGAAUGAGAUGUAGCUGUGCCAGCAGAUUA